AUGGUUGAUCAGGGUUUUUGGUUGUUUGAGGGUUUGGAAGAGGAACCGUACGGAUUGUUGCCACUUGUGAAUCUCUCCGCAAAGGGUGGUCCAACUACAACGAAACAAAUUGAACGGGUAGGCAGUUAUCAAUGGCAUCUUCAAGACGAGUCACCAACAGUAAUGAUCCCAGGAGCCGCUCGAGAGUUGACACAUUGGCCGGGUGGGAAAUUGCCUCAAGAUCAUGGUGUUAUCAUUUAUGAUGUUAAUCAUAUGAAGAUCAAGAAAGGCUCACUCGAUCCAGUGAUUCUUGCGGCAAAACUUUUCGCUGAAAAGCGAAAGAAACCAGUGGAUUUUGGACAAUAUCAUUUCAUCACUGACGCCGUCAAUUUACAGAAGUUAUUCGCUUUUGCACAGGAGGCAGGAGACGGUUUAUUCCGAAUCGAUUGUGAACGAGUUGGAAGAACGAUUUUGUUGAAUAGGGUUGAAGCCUCAGAUUUGAUGGAGAUCGGUCAUUGCACUUUCGACAAAAAUCUCCAAUUCAAAAUUAGCAAACCGAGAGGGAAAUUUGCUGUUGGACCAUAUUUUCAAUUGAUCUCGUACACUUUUGGAAACUACAAAUUUUUGGUUCGUUUUGAGGUGGAUUGUGCUGAUUAUGCGGCUGUGAAAGCACCUGCCCUUGCUGUUGAUGCAGCCGAGGCGUUACCCGAGAAGAAAAAGUUAGACGGCUUUGAGCACAUUGAGGUGAUAAACUACGGAGACACGCCUCGAGACGCUCCAUUACAGUUAAUCACAACAUAUCCAGAAGGAGCCGGUUUCCCAUUUUUCACAUGGGCUCAACUGUUCUUUACAUCGGCUGAUCAAGAAAUCGUUGGUUUCUUCAAAGGAAAUGGAGAUUUCAAGAAGCCACCAAUGUAUGGAUUACAAGAUGUGUCAAAACUUUUGAAACCGUUGCCAUAUGUUGUAUUGAGCAAGGUACACGAUUGUUUGGAUAAGAUCUUCAAGUUUUUGACGAAAAAUGAAAGCGAGUUUAAGUGUGCCUUGAUUUGGAAAGGAAAGAAUCAUUUGGAGAUCUUUGCCAAGGAGGCCGAUAAAGCAGAGCCGGCCGUUUCGGACUCGGUGAGAGCUUAUUUGAAGACAAUGUGCAAAGAUGAGACGCUUGAAGACGUUGAGGAAGAAGCC